AUGUUUUUUUUUCAAUUGUUGUUUGUUCUUUUGAAUAUCCCCAAAAUUCGGGGAUUAUACUUUGUAAACGAGGGAAGCAUAUUCCUGAAAAAUAAUAUAACAAAUUUUAGAAAUAAUAGAAUAUUAGUAGAUGCAGACAAUCAAUUCGAUUUAAAUGAAUUUUAUCAAUCAAUUUUGAGUGUUGCAGAUCAAUUUGAUGAAUGCAAUUGUAAUGACAAAGAAAUACAAUAUAUUCGAACCAUUAUAGAUUCACAAUUAAAGAAUCAUAAAGCAAAUAAUACAUUACCGAAAUUAAAUAAUAUAAAUAAGAAAACGAGAAAAACAAUUAAUGAAAUUCAAAAAGAAUUAGAAGAAGUAAAAAAAGAGCUUGAUAGUAAAAGAGAUAGUGAAAUAGGAAUACAACCGAUACAUGAUAAAGUAACAAUAAUAAAAGAUGAAAAUAGUUAUGUAUCAGAACAAGAAGACUUUAAAAAAUUGGAAAAUUCUGAAAAUAUUUUGAAGACCGAAGAUGGUAAAAUUAUAGAUAAUAAAUUGGAUGAUAAAGAUAACAAAUUGGACGAUAAAGAUAACAAAUUGGACGAUAAAGAUAAUAAAACUACAUCAAUUAAUAAUUAUAAGGAGCCCAAAGUAAAACGAAGGUUUAAAAAAAUAAUAAAAAAAUUAUUUAAGAUAAUGAUGACAAGUUCAACUUUUUUGGCAAUAAUACUAUCAUCAGGACUUAUAAUUCCAUUUAUGCUUUUAAUUACACGGGGCUUAUUUGAUGGAAUUAAGAAAUGGUGGAAAGUUUAUGAAUUAAACAUUAAAAAAUCAAAAAAAUUAGAAUAA